UAGUGGUAAUAACUCUGAUCAUAGCUAUAGUCAUAGCUGUGGUCAUAGCCAUGUUUAUAGCUGUAGUCGUAGCUAUGAUUAUAGCUAUUUGUGUAGCCAAAAAAACAGGAAUUUACCUAAUUCUAGUUCAUUAAUUAUUGAAAUAGCAACUGAAAAACAACAAAAUUUAGAAAGCAAUAAUAUAGAAGGUCUAGAACAAAUUUUAGAAUUAAAAACUGCUAAUAAUAUUAGUAGUCUUGCUGCUUAUAUUAAUGAUAAUGAAAUCAUACCAACAGAAGAAAUAUUAAAUGAUAAACAAAUUAUUAAUCUUGCAAUGCA